CCAUGAAACGCUUAUUUUUGAAUACGUAUCAACAAAACUUAGGACCAAAUUCAAGGAUCGAAAAUCAGGUCCAGUGAUUGGGCUUUUACCAUUCAUCGUCGCUUUUCUUCAUCCUUCUUUCAUUUUCCAGAACUGAAACUUCAAUUUCGCGCCUCUCACCGGAAAGAUAUGUGACUUCACCGUUAGAAUGGAAAAUUUCGACAAGCUUACCGGUGAAAACGACGAAGAAACUGAACAAUGGGUACAACAAAGGAUCAGUAUUUUUUCGCAGCUAAAACCUUACUGCUUAGAGCUUCUAGAACUUCUACAAAACCCUAAAAAAGACUCUUUGGCAGUCUCUUCACUGCUCAAGUUCCUUCGUAACUCACCCUCCGAUGCCCUUCAACCUUUCUUUGAUUAUACCUUGUUCCCACUGCUGCUUCUGUUGGAUGCGGCAGUUGAUAGCAGAUCCUCAAAGAAGGAUGAUCCUAGGGAGAAGGUUGCCACAAAUAAUGUCUCAAGCUUGCCUCACAAAGUCAGUGACAAAGUGGCAGAAACCGUCUUGCAAUGUUUGGAGGAGCUUCUGAAGAAAUGUCAUUUGGGAUCUGUGGACCAGAUGGUUGUACUGAUGAAGAAAUUGACUCAUGCGGCUUUGCUUUCUCCUCUUGAGGCUUCUGAAGAGUUUCGUGAAGGAGUAAUCAAGUGUUUUAGAGCUCUACUUCUGAAUUUACUUCCCUGCUCUGAUGAAGGUUGCACAUGCAGACAAAGUUUUCUUUUACCUGCACUUUUAGAAAGUUCAUAUAUGCAAGCUUUUCCAUGUGGGGCUUCAAAGUAUCUUCCAGAACAAGGAGAAUGCUUGCUUGCAUUUCUCCAGUCGCAAACCGCUGCAGCUGCUGUUGGCCACUGGCUGUCACUUCUUCUCAAAGCUGCAGAUACUGAGGCAGUGCGAGGGCAUCAUGGCAAUGCAAAACUCCGUGUUGAGGCCUUUAUCACCUUACGUGUGCUUGUAUCUAAGGUUGCUACUGCAGAUGCACUGGCUUUCUUUCUACCUGGAGUCGUUAGUCAGUUUGCCAAAGUUUUGCAUGUCUCGAAGACAAUGAUAAGUGGGGCAGCAGGAAGUGUGGAGGCUACUGAUCAAGCAAUUAGAGGCUUGGCUGAGUAUCUUAUGAUAGUUCUUCAGGAUGAUGCUAAUUUGUCUGGUCUUGGUGCAUCCCUAAAUGCAAUAAAUGGAAUUAAUUCAAAGAAAAAUGAAUCUAUACAUUCACUUCUGGAUGAACUACGCAAUUUGCCCAAUAUCACUCAAGGUCAAAGUAAAAUUGUGUCUGAAGGAUCGAUUGGUGGAACAGUGAAUUUGGUUUCCCGUGCUUCUGAUUUUAAUAAAAAUAUGAACAAUAAGGUUGGCGAGGAAAUAGGAUCUUUGCAUGUGGAUCGUACAAGAGAUUGGAUUGAGAAAACUUCGGCACAUCUAGACAAACUAUUGAGUGCAACAUUUCCACAUAUUUGUGUUCAUCCAGCGAAAAAGAUUAGACAAGGACUAGUGGCUGCCAUAGAAGGACUGUUAUCAAAGUGCAGUUACACUCUGAAGGGCAGCAGAUUGAUGCUUUUGGAGUGUCUAUGUGUCUUGAUUGUUGAUGACUCUGAAGAGGUGUCUGCACCUGCUCAGGAGUGUCUUGAAUAUUUACUGAAUGGCAAACAUCAUGUACAACGUGAUAUUGCUGAAAUAUUUGGCAGGCUCAUUGAGAAGCUUCCAAAAGUAGUGAUGGGUAAUGAGGAAUCACUUGCGCUCUCACAUGCCCGGCAAUUACUUGUGGUCAUAUAUUAUUCUGGUCCUCAAUUUGUGUCUGAUCAACUUCUAUCUCCGGUAAUAGCUGCAAGAUUCCUGGAUGUUUUUGCCCUCUGUCUGAGUCAGAAUUCAGUGUUUGUUGGUGCUCUUGAUAAGCUUACUUUAGCAAGGCCAUCCUCCAUUGGAUAUCUUCCUUCCGUUGCUGAUUUGAAAGCUGGUUCACACUUUGCUACUAGUGACCAGACCAUCAUGGAUGUUGUUCCCUCUGAUAUCUCAAAGUUCAGAGAUGUUCAAGGAACACGAAUUCGAUAUUCAUUAGAAACUGUGGAGACUAAUUAUAAACUUCCUCGCAUGCCCCCUUGGUUUGUUUAUGUUGGCAGCCAGGGAUUAUAUGAGGCUCUUGCAGGAAUUCUUAGACUAGUAGGUUUAUCUUUAAUGGCAGACUUCAAAAGUGAAGGGCAUAUGUCGGUUGUUACAGAUAUCCCACUUGAUUACGUGCGAAAACUGAUAUCUGAAGUUCGUGUCAAGGAAUGCAAUAAAGAGAGCUGGCAAUCUUGGUAUAACAGAACAGGCUCAGGACAAUUACUUCGGCAGGCCAGCACUGCAGCAUGUAUUUUGAAUGAGAUGAUAUUUGGUCUAUCAGAUCAGUCAGUUGAUAGUCUUAUAAAAAUGUUUCAUAAAUCCAGGGUUAAAAGAGAAGAGGUUCAAGAAUUUGAUGAAAGUAUUGCUGGUGGUCAGGAUUGCAUGGCUGAAUCCCCUGAGCAUACUCAUUCUAUUUGGAAGCUUUCUCAGGAAAAGGCUUCUAGGAGUCACUUGAUUGAUUGUGUUGGUAGAAUCUUGCAUGAAUAUCUAUCAUCUGAAGUCUGGGAUCUUCCAAUUGAUCAUAAACCCUCUCACAUUCAACCUGAUGGUGAAGUGGGAGAAAUUACUUUGCACUUCUUCCAAGAUACUGCUAUGCUACACCAGGUUAUUAUUGAUGGAAUAGGCACCUUUGCUCUGUGCCUUGGAGAUGAUUUUUUUUCCAGUGGAUUUCUUCACUCAUCUCUCUAUCUGUUACUCGAGAAUCUUAUAUGCUCAAACUUCCAUGUUAGAAGUGCUUCUGAUGCAGUUUUACGCGUCCUUUCUGCUACAUCUGGCAAACCAACGGUGGGGCAAUUAGUCUUGGCAAAUGCAGAUUAUGUAAUUGAUCCAAUAUGUCGACAAUUACGUCAUUUGGAUCUUAAUCCACACGUUCCUAGUGUUCUGGCGUCCAUGCUUUCCUAUAUUGGAGUGGCUCAUAAAAUAUUGCCUCUGUUGGACGAACCAAUGCGCUAUGCUUCACAAGAACUUGAGAUUCUUGGCAGGCAUCAGCACCCAGAAUUAACUAUUCCCUUUCUAAAGGCUGUAGCUGAAAUUACCAAGGCAUCAAAACAUGAGGCAUCUUCAUUGCCUGGUGAUGCAGAAUCAUAUCUUAUUCAGUUGAAGUCCAAAGUGGGGAGGAAGGAAGCUAGACUGGAGCUCAGCCAAGGUUCAAAAUCACGAUGUGAAAAUCACAUAGAUACUUCUCAAAUGGAAUUAGAGCAAUGGGAGAGUAUUUUGUUCAAGUUGAAUGAUUCCAAAAGAUUCAGAAGAAUAGUUGCAUCUAUUGCUGGUUCAUGCUUGAUGGCAGCAACACCUUUACUAGCUUCAAUGAACCAAGCAGCAUGCUUGAUAGCCCUGGAUAUAGUCCAGGAUGGCAUUACAACAUUGGCUAAAGUGGAAGAAGCUUAUCGGCAUGAGAAGGAAGCUAAAGAAACAAUUGAGGAGGUGAUUCGUUCAUACUCAUUGUAUCAGCUUGAAGAUACUCUGGAUGCUGCUGAGGAUGGAGCUGAUGAGAACAGAUUACUUCCAGCGAUGAACAAAAUAUGGCCUUUCCUGAUCACCUGUGUUAAAAAUAAAAAUCCAGUGGCUGUAAGAAGAUGUGUAAGUGUGGUCAGUAACAUUGUACAAAUCUGCGGAGGUGAUUUCUUUUCGCGACGCUUCCUUACUGAUGGGCCACACUUCUGGAAACUUCUUUCUACAUCCCCCUUUCAGAAAAAACCUUUCUCGAAAGAAGAAAGAAUCCCAUUACAACUUCCUUACAGAAGCACGCCUACUUCUUCGGAGGACUCCCUGGCUGAAGUUUCAAACCUGAAAGUGCAGGUUGCUGUGCUCAACAUGAUUGCUGAUUUAUCUCGAAACAAAAGAAGUGCUUCAUCGCUGGAAGCAGUUCUUAAGAAGGUUAGCGGUCUUGUUGUGGGAAUAGCUUGCAGUGGUGUUGCAGGGCUUCACGAUGCAUCUGUGAAUGCACUACAAGGACUUGCAUCCAUUGACCCUGAUCUUAUUUGGCUUCUACUAGCUGAUGUAUUCUACUCUUUGAAAAAGAAAGACCUGCCUUCUCCGCCUAAUUCAAAAUUUCCGCAGAUCUCUCAGAUUUUGCCCCCACCACCGUCUCCUAAAGGUUACCUCUAUGUACAGUUUGGAGGACAAAGUUAUGGCUUUGAUAUUGACUUCUCUUCUGUUGAAACUGUGUUCAAGAGACUACAUACCCUUGUUUUUAGUAAUCAAAUGUACAUAUGAAAAGUGUUUAGAUGCAACAAAAUAUGUAUAUUUUUUAUAUUUAGUGCUUUACAAAUGGGUAAUAGCUUAGAGCUCCUUCGAUCUU